GCAAUGCACAAAAUUAUUCUCCCCUGUUCUUCCACCAGGAAUACCCACUCGCAGCACUGGCUGCCACCACCUGCCACUGCGGUUUCCCUACGACCCUCUUCACAUUGCAUGAGAGGGAAGACGAGCAGCUCUGCUCCCAAAAAUGCAGCGGCGAGGAAUUCGAGAGCUGUGGCACCUCCAAGUAUUUCAUCGUUUAUCAGACUCAAGUUCAAGAUAACCGCUGUAUGGACCGGAGAUUUUUAACAGCUCGGGCCAAGCAGUUUGUUGCCCUUGCAAGCUUUCCUGGGGCAGGCAAUACCUGGGCGCGGCACCUCAUUGAACUGGCAACAGGUUUCUACACCGGCAGCUACUACUUCGAUGGCUCUCUUUAUAACAAAGGGUUCAAAGGUGAACGGGACCACUGGCGAAGUGGGAGGACAAUCUGCAUCAAAACUCACGAGAGCGGGCAGAAGGAAAUCGAGGCGUUUGAUGCUGCCAUCUUGCUGAUCCGCAACCCCUACAAAGCGCUCAUGGCUGAAUUCAACCGGAAAUAUGGAGGCCACAUUGGGUUUGCUGCUCACGCCCACUGGAAAGGGAAAGAAUGGCCAGAAUUUGUCAAGAACUAUGCCCCUUGGUGGGCGACGCACACCCUUGACUGGCUCAAAUACGGCAAAAGCGUCCUGGUGGUACACUUUGAGGACCUGAAACAAGACCUCUUCAUUCAGCUCAAGAGGAUGGUUAGCCUCUUGGGCAUCGCAGUCCUCGAGGACCGUCUUCUGUGUGUGGAAGGCCAGAAGGAUGGGAACUUCAAGCGAUCCGGGCUCAGGAAGUUGGAAUAUGACCCCUAUACCCUUGAGAUGAGGAAACUGAUCAACGGCUACAUCAAAACAGUGGACACGGCCCUGAAACUCAGAAACCUCACGGGGGUCCCAGAGGACUAUUACCCAAGAUGAUGGCCGUGUAGGGACCUCUUUCGGCUGGGAGGAACGGGAUCUGCCCAGGCAGGUGUGGCUUGGUUUCACCUGGCGAGUCACUAUUUCCACCCAGUGGGUGGCCCUUUUUCGGACCUCUGCUGCUCGCUGUUAAUGAAUCCCCUUGCAUGAGCAAAAAGCGGUCAACAUCCACCAUUGCCAGCAGAAGAUGCCUUGGCAAGCCCGCCCACACAGAUCUACGUUCACUAGGGACCAACAUUGACAUACGGAUGGGGGAGGUUUGCAAAAUGAAGCUAGAUCUUUGCUGCUGCUGCUGUUUGGAAGAGUGUUGUCUCCCCUGCCCCACUUCGUAAUACGGAUCACCUCAGCUCUGUUCCAGGUGGUUGCAGUACCCAGAUCUUUUGGGCCGCCGCAGAGGCAUUGCUGGGGCCUUAUCUGAGCCAGGCAGUUUUCUAUUCCUAGUCAAAAACCCGUGGUCCGUUUGGCUGCCCUGAAACUCCUCAAGAUUCAGGUCUUUCAUUCAGACCUGGCUGGCACUUGUACGUACAUCCUGGGUUCCUCUACUCUGUACACUGGUUCACAUAUCUGCACACAAACACCUGGUGACUAUAGGCUGGUCUACUCAUACAGUAUACAGUGGUGCCUCGCAAGACGAA